GAAGGACGAGCUGCCGAAGCGCAGGUUUAAAUGGAUAAGAUGAGAGUUUGUUUCAGAUUUCAUGAAAAAGAAACACUAGGAAGCAAUAUUUGACGCUUUACAUGUUCAUGUGGGCCGUCCUCCUAAUUUAACUGCUGAGGGUCUUCACUGACAGUGCAUCAUGUCAAAAACUGGCAGAGCUUCACAAAAACUGGCCAUGCGCCAGAACGCACAACAACGCAGCUUUAAAGAAAUUCAUAUUGAUGAAGAAGUCAAGAUAGCAGUGAGCCUGGCUUUAGAGAGGUUUCACUACAGUGACCAGAAAGAGAUGGAGUUUCCUUCCUCCUUGUCCAAUACUGAGAGGGCUUUCAUUCACCGGAUGGCUCAAUCCCUGGGUUACAUUUCUAAGAGCAAAGGAAAAGGACCAGAUCGCUUUCUCACCAUAAGGAAGAAGAAUGGAUCAGACAAACCUCAGCCAACCAUAGCAAUUGCACUCUCCCAGAACACUUUAUAUUUCAUCCGCAGUCUGCUUCAGAAGUUUCCCAUCAGCAAGAAGGAGCGCAUAGAUGUGCAACCCAGCAACAAAAGUGGCAUGUUUGUACCUGCGGAACCUGACAGCAGUUAUGACAAGAACAGGGCAAGCGGACACUUAAACAAGGGCAUUCCUAUGGUUCCUCAGAGGAGGGGUCCAUCAGAGCUGGACAGUUUUCGAUGCUCACUGCCUGUGAAUCAACACCAGGAGGAGAUCGUCCAGAUUAUCAGAGCAAACAGGGUGGUGCUAGUGGUGGGGGAGACUGGAUCUGGAAAAACAACACAGAUCCCACAGUUCCUCCUGGAUGACAGCAGCAAGAAAGGAGAGGCCUGCAGGAUCUUCUGCACUCAGCCCAGACGCCUAGCUGCCAUUGCUGUAGCUGAGAGAGUGGCAGCUGAGAGGGGGGAAAAUGUGGGCCAGAGUGUUGGCUAUCACAUCAGACUUGAGAGCAGGGUAUCUCCUAAAACACUUUUGACCUUUUGCACCAGUGGAGUACUCCUCAGAACAUUGAUGACUGGAGAUGCCAGCCUGACAUCUGUCACACAUGUCAUUGUGGAUGAGGUGCAUGAGCGUGAUGGUCUGACUGACUUCCUGCUCACGAAGAUGCGAGAGGUGCUUCAGAAGAUUCCCACACUAAAACUGAUCCUCUCUAGUGCAGCUCUGGAUAUAGACCUGUUUUGUCAGUACUUUGGCUCCUGCCCUGUUCUUCACCUCAAAGGAAGACAGUUUGAGGUGAAGGAGCUCUUUCUAGAGGAUAUUCUGAGGCUGACGGGCUUCACCAACAAGGACAUCAGGAAAUACAAGGAAGAGACACAAAGAAAGGAAAAAAAGCAGAAAUGUUUGACGGAGUGGUGUGAGGCAGUAGAGACAAGUUCUCCUGGGGAGAAAUGGAGGACCUUUGCUCCAGUCUUCCUCCCUGACAGUGGCUGUGGGAAGAGGGACUUUAGCACGCAGAAUGAGAGUGGCACUGAACAGCUGGAGCCGUGGCUGAUGAAGGAGAUGGACGCAUGCAUUUCUAGCAUUUUCUUAAAUGAGGACCAGGAUGCUUUUAUUCAGCUUUUCAAUCUGAUCCUCAAUGAAGGUGUUAACGUGGACUACAUGCACAGUGAAACAGGGGCCACACCACUGAUGGUAGCAGCAGGUCGAGGAUUCAUCACACAGAUGGAGCAACUCCUCAAGAUGGGUGCUGACUUUAACCUGAAGGCAUCCAGUGGGUGGACUGCCUUAGACUUUGCUGAGCACUUCCAGCAGACUGAUGCUGUGGAUUUAUUGAAAUCAUCCAUUCCUUUGGGACAGGUGAGCAUGGACGAGUCAGCUCUGGUGCAGUGUGCCUCUGCUGAGUUAAGCCCCGAAGACCAAGAGCUUCUCACGCUGUACCAUCACAGCUUUGAUGAUCAGUGGGUAGACCUGGAUCUCAUUAUGAAUCUGCUGCACAACAUCUGCUCCACUGCUGAUGAUGGUGCUGUCCUCAUUUUUCUUCCUGGAUAUGAUGAGAUCGUGGAACUCAGGGACCGCAUCCUUCAAGAUGAUAAGAGAUUUGCCGCCCACAGUGAGAGGUACCAAGUGUUUACUCUACAUUCAGACAUGCAGACUCAGGAUCAGAAAAAAGCCAUGAAGACCUCUCCAUCUGGUGUCAGGAAGAUAAUUCUUUCUACUAACAUAGCUGAGACGAGCAUCACCAUCAAUGACGUUGUCUUCGUCAUUGAUUCUGGAAAGGUCAAAGAGAAGUCAUUUGAUGCCUUCAGCCAUGUAUCCAUGUUAAAAACGGUGUGGAUCUCAAAAGCCAGUGCUCUGCAAAGGAAAGGAAGAGCUGGGCGCUGCAGGCCAGGGAUCUGCUUCCAUCUCUUUAGUCGACUCAGGUUCAACAAUAUGCUGGAAUUCCAGGUUCCACAGCUGCUCCGGAUGCCUCUACAGGAACUGUGCCUGCAGACCAAACUGCUGGCUCCCUCCUCUUGUCCAGUAAUUGAAUUCUUGGCCAAAGCUCCCCAACCACCUCCUGCACACGCAGUCCGGAACGCUAUGCAAAUGCUGAAGAAAAUAGAUGCUAUGGACCAGUAUGAAGACCUGACUGAACUGGGCUACCACUUGGCUGAUCUACCUGUGGAGCCCCAUCUGGGAAAGAUGGUGCUGUGUGCUGUUGUGCUUAAGUGUCUGGAUCCCAUUCUAACUAUUGCCUGUACGCUGGCCUAUCGUGACCCCUUCGUCCUUCCCUCCCAAAGCUCUCAGAAAAGAGCUGCUCUAAAUUGCCGCAAACGCUUUUCUUCCAACGCCUUUAGUGAUCACAUGGCCCUGCUUAGAGCUUUCCAGGCGUGGCAGAAAGCUCGCAGUGAAGGUUGGGAGAGAGCCUUCUGUGAGAAAAACUUCCUGUCCCAAGCUACCAUGGACAUGAUACUUGGCAUGAGGACGCAGCUGCUUGGACAGCUUCGUGCUAUUGGUUUUGUGCGGGCCCGCGGGGGCUGUGACAUCCGUGACGUGAAUCUGAACUCAGAGAACUGGGCCAUGGUGAAGGCAGCCCUGGUAGCUGGCAUGUACCCAAACAUGGUCAAUUUCAACCAGGAGUCUUCCCUGCUUUCCACUAAUAGGGAGAAGAAGGUUCACUUUCAUCCCACAUCUGUCCUGAGCCAGGUUCAGUUUAAGGAGAACAGCCAAACCAGAACGACCCAGGCCCUUCCCACAGAUUGGCUGAUCUAUGAUGAGAUGUGCCGAGGCCAUAGGAUGGCCAGUGUCCGCUGUUGCUCCCUAGUGACCCCUAUCACUAUUGCCAUAUUUGGAGGUUGUGCUAGAUCGCACAGCUCUACUCACUAUGAACCUGCUGCACAGAAAUCUAAUGAAUGUCUCCUGGAUGACAGUGACAGUGACACAGAGGAUCUCUCUGAGAUGAGGAUAGAUGAGUGGCUCGUCUUUCAGUUGGACAGAGAGGCUGCAGGAUUGCUGUCUGAACUGAGGCAGAAGUGGCAAAACUUGUUUAUCAAGAGGAUCCGUUGUCCUUCCAAACCCUGGUCUCAACAGGAUGAGGCUAUCAUUCAGACCCUGGUUUCUGUGCUUGGAGCAGAGGAGCAGGCAGCAGGCCUGCAUCAACCCACAGGGAUCGGUCAGCGGCCUAAACCCAUGUUAUCAGAGGAGGGACCGAGGGCCUCUGUGAAGAACCCCAAGAACAGCCCCCAGCGUGCCGCCAACACCACCAAUGACAGAUUUUGUCUGACAACAGCAUUAGACCUACUUCAAAUUCAAGCCCACAGACAAGAUGAGUCCUCCCUGCCCAUAAAUCAGCUGUCUGAUGAUCAUCACUCUUCCAGUAGUUCUUCCUGCUCUGUGAAUUUGGACUGUCAGUCUGACACCCUCUGUCAUUCCUCCACAAGAAAGCACGUUGUAAAGCCUGGGUGCCCUCGGCUGGCUUGUACGUCAGUCCGAUACUUUAUUAUGAAAAGCAACAACAUCAGGAACUUGGAAAUUUCUCAGCAGAAAGGCAUCUGGUCUACUACACCAACCAAUGAGACCAAACUCACUAAGGCCUUCCUGGAGACCAGCCUCAUCAUCCUUAUCUUCUCUGUUCAGGGCUCUGGACACUUCCAGGGCUAUGCUCACAUGACAUCUGUCGUCAGUCAGGAGGAGAGCUGUCAGGAAUGGGGCCUCGUGGGACUAGGAGGGGUUUUCAGUGUAAAAUGGAUACACAAAGAAAAUCUUCCCUUCCAGUGCACCCAGCACAUCCUCAACCCAUGGAAUGACAACAAGAAGGUCCAGAUCAGCAGGGAUGGACAGGAAUUAGAGCCACAAGCUGGAAGCCAGCUGCUGUUACUGUGGGACAGAAAUUCUGCGACUCAAGUUCAAUAAGAGCAGUGUACUGUACUACCAGUUGUAUCUACAUAGCCGGAACAUGGAAGAAGGGCUGAUUCACUUGAAAGAGAAGUUUAAUGCCUUUUUUCUUUGUUUUGUCUAAAAAAAAUUUUUUAUCUUGUUAUUAUGCAAGUUCAGUUUCAUAUGUAUUCAAAAGGGUACAAUGUUUUUUAAGAACAUUUUGUUCAGAAUAAAGUAUCUGUUGCUUUAUAAACAGGAUUUUAAAAAAAUGUAAUGAAAGAAAUGUUUGUAUUACAAAUAUGUUGUUGUUACUGUUUUGAUUUGAAAACUCUGUCCACGCAGUUUGUUGUGAUUGUAAUAACUAACUGAACAUCAUUGUAGCAAAGUUUUUACAGACUUAAAAGUUUACACUUUCUUCCAUUUACAGCAAAUAGUCAUUUACAACAGUGAUUCUUUUUUUCUUUUCUCUUAUGUUUGCCAAAAAACUUUCUCUGCAUGUUAAGGUAGAAUGGGGUGUAUCUAAGGUUUCUUUCUGAAUAUUUAUAAUAUUAAAAACUCUCCUAGACUCUCCAGCUAGUAUUUCUCCCCAGGUUUCUGCUGCAACAUUUUGUGGUCUCCUUAUCCAUCCAUCUAAUUCAUACUCAGUCUGUCCCAUGGUUUUUCCAUCAGUUUGCUGAUGUAGUCAUACACUUUCUAUAAAGCUGCAUGGAGACUAAA